ACCUAGAAUACCAUGUAGUACGUGUUGUCAUGUACGCGCGCACAAGGUUUAAAGAUUCAAAUCCCCACUCCGCUGCUCCAUAUCCCCGCUGUAUCCAUGCCCAACUCCUCAUUGUGUUUCUUGUGCUCGGCGUACGAGGUUGUCGAUUCAACUAACGGAAUACGACGUAUAAAAUAAUUCGAUUCGGAGAAGACACCAUGGGAAAAUCCAAGCAUAAACGGGACUCUAGUUCAGACAGCUCGUCGGAAAGAUCUAGUUCGAAGCGUUUGCUGAAACGUAUUAAACAAUUGGAAAAGAGAUUAGACGAUCGCCGUAGAGACAAAGAUGGCAAACGCAAACAUAGAUCCCGCUCUCUUUCUCGUGCAGAGAAAGGUACUCGUUCUUGUGCAGAGAACGGUUCCAAUGACCGAUCGCUUUCUCGUGCAGAGAAACUUCGACGGGUGGAAAAAGACGAACAUUUGGAGCAAAGACGACACAGUAAGUCUCCCUCCAGAGUGUCACGUAGAUUUCGUGCAGAUUCUACGGACAAUUUCGCAACUACACCCCCUAUUGAAGUAGGUUCCGUAGAUGCAUACAGUGUUACAGAACCUACAGACGACGUAUUAGAUUUGAAUACGGAUGAGGAUACACUAGAGGAAGAGCUGUCAGAGAAUAUUUUACAUAUUCUCGGAAAUAGCGAUCGUAAUAAAAAUUUGGAAACCCAAUUUGGAUUACAUGGCGCGAUAGCCCCCGUUUGGGAAAAUAUUUUAGUGAAAGGUUUCAAGAAGGAGGAAAUCGAAAACCUCCUGCAGAGAUAUGAAAUGCCUAAUAACCUCACAUUAUUAGCACCUCCAAAAUUAAACAAUGAAGUCGCAGCCAUCCUUUCGAAGACAAAUGUUGCUCGAGAUGGAUCUUAUACAGAGAUCCAACACCAGGUUGGCAAAGGUCUAUGUGCCUUGGGCAAAGGAAUGAACCUUAUCUUGGCAAACAGGGAAAAUAUUCCUGAAGAGUACAAGACAACUCUACUAACCUAUUUGAGUGAUUCUAGUCGCAUUCUAGCGACUAGCAAAGGGGGGGAGUCAACUAAAUACAAACCCAAUCCGACCAAGAACACUUUAAACUACAGGCGCCCAGUCCGUCUUCUGGAAGAGACGAGGCAGAAAAAAGGGCAAUCUUCCAGAUAUCAACGUUGGGAGAACCAGAAACAGGAACCGAGAAAGCACCAGAACGACUACUGGAAGAACCGUCGUUAG